AUUACGUUCCGCUUCCCUGCUGCCUGGCUGACAAUGUUCGACGCAGUGCUUAUUCUCAUGCUGAUCCCCCUUAAGGACAAAGUGGUGGACCCCAUCCUCAAACGCAGAGGCCUGCUGCCCUCCUCCCUCAAGAGGAUCGCAGUGGGGAUGUUCUUCGUCAUGUGGUCAGCUGUGGCGGCUGGUGAGUGGAGUACACUGAGUGCAACAGCUAACCCUUACUUAUUCGGUGGCAUGUCUAGAGAGACUGUCAUGGUAGAUCAUUCUAGUAAUCUUCAAUUUUAACCACCCCACAUCCUCUUCAAGCCACAGUUUCACCAUGUCACACUGUUCACCAUGAUAUGUCACACAUUAAAAUGUCACAUGUUAGGGAAAAACCCUGCUCCUUGAUCUCAUGUCUCUCAAUGAUCUCUGUUGCGGUUCCUUAUUCUGUGGCGGACAUUACUGGUAGAUGAUGUCAGGACCAAUGAUAUAUAUCAACCUUAGAUGUCUGAAGCCCCUGUGAAGCCAUUUAGGUACUCGCUCCUCCAUUGUAAAAAAUAUAUUGGAAGCUACAGAAAUGCAUUUAUUAAUGUCUACAUUCAUUUUUGACAAGUAUAUUCGAUUACAGACACCUUUUAAUGCAUACUUAAAAUAUUAUAGUCGUGACUAUAGUAGGGAUUGAUUGAAGCUCAAUGUUACAUUCAAUUCUCCCUUCUAUCAUAUUUAAGCCAAUAUUUUAAGCGUAAUUAAGUGAACUGAACAUGAAAAUAAAACAUAAAAAGAAUAAAAACAUACAGUGGGGAAAAAAGUAUUUAGUCAGCCACCAAUUGUGCAAGUUCUCCCACUUAAAAAGAUGAGAGGCCUGUAAUUUUCAUCAUAGGUACACGUCAACUAUGACAGACAAAUUGAGAUUUUUUUUCUCCAGAAAAUCACAUUGUAGGAUUUUUAAUGAAUUUAUUUGCAAAUUAUGGUGGAAAAUAAGUAUUUGGUCAAGCAAAAUUUCUGGCUCUCACAGACCUGUAACUUCUUCUUUAAGAGGCUCCUCUGUCCUCCACUCGUUACCUGUAUUAAUGGCACCUGUUUGAACUUGUUAUCAGUAUAAAAGACACCUGUCCACAACCUCAAACAGUCACACUCCAAACUCCACUAUGGCCAAGACCAAAGAGCUGUCAAAGGACACCAGAAACAAAAUUGUAGACCUGCACCAGGCUGGGAAGACUGAAUCUGCAAUAGGUAAGCAGCUUGGUUUGAAGAAAUCAACUGUGGGAGCAAUUAUUAGGAAAUGGAAGACAUACAAGACCACUGAUAAUCUCCCUCGAUCUGGGGCUCCACGCAAGAUCUCACCCCGUGGGGUCAAAAUGAUCACAAGAACGGUGAGCAAAAAUCCCAGAACCACACGGGGGGACCUAGUGAAUGAUCUGCAGAGAGCUGGGACCAAAGUAACAAAGCCUACCAUCAGUAACACACUACGCCGCCAGGGACUCAAAUCCUGCAGUGCCAGACGUGUCCCCCUGCUUAAGCCAGUACAUGUCCAGGCCCGUCUGAAGUUUGCUAGAGUGCAUUUGGAUGAUCCAGAAGAGGAUUGGGAGAAUGUCAUAUGGUCAGAUGAAACCAAAAUAGAACUUUUUGGUAAAAACUCAACUCGUCGUGUUUCGAGGACAAAGAAUGCUGAGUUGCAUCCAAACCAUACCUACUGUGAAGCAUGGGGGUGGAAACAUCAUGCUUUGGGGCUGUUUUUCUGCAAAGGGACCAGGACGACUGAUCCGUGUAAAGGAAAGAAUGAAUGGGGCCAUGUAUCGUGAGAUUUUGAGUGAAAACCUCCUUCCAUCAGCAAGGGCAUUGAAGAUUACACGUGGCUGGGUCUUUCAGCAUGACAAUGAUCCCAAACAAACCGCCCGGGCAACGAAGGAGUGGCUUCGUAAGAAGCAUUUCAAGGUCCUGGAGUGGCCUUGCCAGUCUCCAGAUCUCAACCCCAUAGAAAAUCUUUGGAGGGAGUUGAAAGUCCGUGUUGCCCAGCGACAGCCCCAAAACAUCACUGCUCUAGAGGAGAUCUGCAUGGAGGAAUGGGCCAAAAUACCAGCAACAGUGUGUGAAAACCUUGUGAAGACUUACAGAAAACGUUUGACCUGUGUCAUUGCCAACAAACGGUAUAUAACAAAGUAUUGAGAAACUUUUGUUAUUGACCAAAUACUUAUUUUCCACCAUAAUUUGCAAAUAAAUUCAUUAAAAAUCCUACAAUGUGAUUUUCUGGAGAAAAAAAUUCUCAUUUUGUCUGUCAUAGUUGACGUGUACCUAUGAUGAAAAUUACAGGCCUCUCUCAUCUUUUUAAGUGGGAGAACUUGCACAGUUGGUGGCUGACUAAAUACUUUUUUUCCCCCACUGUAUAUAUUCUUGUACUAAUGUUACUUUCCCUACUACAACAAAUAAAUACUUAAAUACAUGUAAUUUUGUCCUUGAAACAUUUUAUUGAAAUACUGUAGAAUUCCAGUCAUUCCUAAUGAGUACUGCUCCUUCUGGGGAGUGCCAAUAUGGCAUUGUCAUUGGCCAUUACAUUGCAUCAGCAAUCAAGGGUUUAUACACAUCAUUGGUCAGGAUUCAUGAGGCAAACAGGACAAGCAAGCCUAUAGAGCCCAACAGUGAAGGUGUCAUAAUACCCAUAAAAACUAGCGGUCAAACAGGGAAAUGGUUCUAAUCGGUUUUACACCAUAAACUUUUCCUAUAGGGGAUUUUAGAAACGCUUAAAAUAAGUGCUGUGUUUCGUGUAGGUUUACCCUCAGGGCAUACAAUUUACUUUUUGGUCCACCAGCCACUGUGGCAGGUAGAUAAAACAAAUUGACCAGCCACUCAGAUUUUUAUCAGGCAAGAUUUUUUUGCUGCUAAAAUUACACCAACAAAACACAAACAAAUGGAUGAGCGUGCUUUGUAAUGUUUCUAAAACAAUACACGUUUUACUAGAAGAUGUAACUAAUGUGGUAUAUUGAAUGAUUAAACUUUUAACCAAAGUAUCACAGAUGAGACAAAUGUUCACCUGCCCCUUUAAGGGCGGGAGGUUACGUGGUAGUGCGACUCAAGUCAUGUUUUGUGCCUGUGAGAUUGAGUCUGACUAGUAGAAGUGUUGUCUUCUCUUCCCUAGCAGUUGAAACUCAAACAGAAAAACAACCUAGCUUGUAAACCAAACAAUGUAAAUAGCCAAGAAACACAAGGACAAAGUCUCACUUCAGUAGACGUUCGUUUCAAGUAAAUUAGACCUACUUUUAUGCCUGUGUUCAGCGCUUCUAAAAAUGAAUAUUUUACUCAGUUCUUAACAUGCGCACAACCCGCAGCCAGGCAGUGUUGCAGCGUGAGGUGGAAUAGGCUAUAUAGGAUUCAUAGUUCUUUGAUUUUCUGCAAUUUUUUAUUUACCAGCUAUGAAACAAAACGUCGGAAAUACUUUUGAAAACGGCUACUGCAGCAAUUAUUUUACUAUGAAUGUGAUCAUACUUGACCAUUUUUAUUCACAAUUGCGAGUGAAAUGCUCGUACUAUGGAGCCCUGACCACCCGCCAACGUGGCUGGUGAAAUAGACAUCUUACCCACCAAUGCCAAAAUGUUAAUUUUCGGCCCUGCUUACCCUGGCAUGACAUUUUGAUAACCAUGUAAAUCUCUCUCGGAAAAGGUUACUUUUUAUCAAUAUAUUCUCUAUUUACUCCGAUUUGAAAAAAUGAUAAUAAGCAUCAAAGUAGACAUCAUGCAAGACUACAGGGAGGAGGUGAGUGGAGUGGUGCCAGAAAAAUAACCUCUCCCUCAACGUCAACAAAACGAAGGAGCAGAUCGUGGACUUCAGGAAACAGCAGAGGGAGCACAUCACUGACAAUCUGAAAUGGUCCACCCACACAGACAGUGUGCAACAGUGCCUCUUCAACCUCAGGAGGCUGAAGAAAUUCAUCUUGGCCCCUAAGACCCUCACAAAUUUUUACAGAUGCACCAUUGAGAGCAUACUGUCAGGCUGUAUCACCGCCUGUUACGGCAACUGCACCGCCCACAACCGCAGGGCUCUCCAGAGGGUGGUGCAGUCUGCCCAACGCAUCACCGGGGGCACACUGCCAAAAAGAUCAUCAAGGACAUCAACCACCCGAGCCACGGCCUGUUCACCCCCCUAUCAUCCAGAAGGCAAGGUCAAUACAGGUGCAUCAAAGCUGGGACUGAGAGACUGAAAAACAGCUUCUAUCUCAAGGCCAUCAGACUGUUACAUUUUCUGUAGGAAUGAGGUCAGGGCUUUGUGAUGGACACUCCAAUAUCUUGACUUUGUUGUCCUUAAGCCAUUUUGCCACAACUUUGGAAGUAUGCUUGGGGUCAUUAUCCAUUUGGAAGACUCAUUUGCGACCAAGCUUUAACUUCCUGACUGAUGUCUUGAGAUGUUGCUUCAAUAUAUCCACAUAAUUUUCCUUGCUCAUGAUGCCAUCUAUUUUGUGAAGUGCACCAGUCCCUCCUGCAGCGAAGCACCCUCACAGCAUGAUGCUGCCACCCCGUGCUUCACGGUUGGGAUGGUGUUCUUCGACUUGCAAGGGCCCCCUUUUUCCUCUAAACAUAAUGAUGGUCAUUAUGGCCAAACAGUUCUAUUUUUGUUUCAUCAGACCAGAGGACAUUUCUCCAAAAAGUAUGAUCUUUGACCCCAUGUGCAGUUACAAUCCGUAGUCUGGCUUUUUUUAUGGCAGUUUUGGAGUAGUGGCUUCUUCCUUGCUGAGCGGCCCUUCAGGUUAUGUAGAUAUAGGACUCGUUUUACUGUGGGUAUAGAUACUUUUGUACCUGUUUCCUCCAGCAUCUUCACAAGGUCCUUUGCUGUUGUUCUGGGAUUGAUUUGCACUUUUUGCACCAAAGUACAUUCAUCUCUAGGAGACAGAACGCGUCUCCUUUCUGAGCGGUAUGACGGCUGCGUGGUCCCAUGGUGUUUAUACUUGCGUAAUAUUGUUUGUACAGAUGAACGUGGUACCUUCAGGCGUUUGGACAUUUCUCCCAAGGAUGAACCAGCCUUGUGGUGGUCUACAAUUUUUCUUCUGAGGUCUUGGCUGAUUUCUUUUGAUUUUCCCAUGAUGUCUGUCAAGCAAAGAGGCACUGCGUUUGAAGGUAGGCCUUGAAAUACAUCCACAGGUACACCUCCAAUUGACUCAAAUUAUGUCAAUUAGCCUACCAGAAACUUCUAAAGCCAUGACAUCAUUUUCUGGAAUUUUUCAAGCUGUUUAAAAGCACAGUCAACUUAGUGUAUGUCAACUUUUGACCCACUGGAAUUGUGAUACAGUGAAUUAUAAGUGAAAUAAUCUGUCUGUAAGCAAUUGUUGGAAAAAUUACUUGUGUCAUGCACAAAGUAGAUGUCCUAACCGACUUGCAAAAACUAUAGUUUGUUAACAAGAAAUUUGUGGAGUGGAUGAAAAACAAGUUUAUAUGACUCCAACCUAAGUGUAUGUAAACUUCUGACUUCAACUGUAUAUACUGUAUUCUAGUCAAUGCCACUCGGACAUUGCUCGUCCUAAUAUUUAUGUAUUUCUUAAUUCCAUUCUUUUACUUUUAGAUUUGUGUGUAUUGUUGUGAGUUGUUAUAUAUUACUUCACUGUUGGAGCUAGGAACACAAGCAUUUCGCUACACCCACAAUAACAUCUGCUAAAUAUGUGUAUGCGAACAAUAAAAUGUGAAGAAAUUUAGCCAAUUUAUUAAUUACUACAUUAGGUAACAUUAGAUAGUUAAUCCAGAGAAUCAUACCUUUGUCCAGAUCGUCAUGGCAUUUGUAGUUCUUUAUGAUAGCCACAUUAGCAGCCAAUUAGCAUUUCAUUUUUGUGGGUUAAAUACAGGCGAAUAUAUUGAUAAGUCACCUUGUCCUAGAGAGAUUUACACGGUUAUCAAAAUGUCUCGCCAGGGUAAGCCUACAUGACAGUGUUUCUAAAAAAAAAACCUAUGGGGAAACAUGAAGCUGGAAAAACAAUUGGAACCAUUUCCCUGUUUGACCACUAGGUUUCAUGGGUAUUAUGACUCAUACUAAUGUAGCUUGGCUUUAUUUUAGCAGUAUGUGGCUCAUGUUUCAAUGUAGUUUCAAGGACUUAUUUGAUGAGGGAAAAGGCAGACGGACAGGGAUCAUUUCUCAAAAAUCCUAAACAUUCAUAGACCAGACAACCGGGGUGUAUUCAUUAAGUCUUGCAAUGGAAGCCGUUUACCAUUUAAGAACCAAACGGAAGCAAACCGAACAAACGAAACUGGGUGGGACCUACCUAAAUUUGUCUAAUAGAAACUCAUUUUCGUUGCAAAAUGUUUUCCAUUUGGAGGAAACGGUUUCUAUUGCAUAACAGCCUGUGGAUUAUCUUUGAAAUAAAGUCUACUCAAAUUAAUUUGAAUUGACUGUUUGAAAUGUGCAAUUUGGAAUAAAACCUUUUUUUAUUCUGUGCCGAUUGAAUAGCAUAUAUUCAUGCUAACACAUUUUGAGUGAGAUGAGCCAGAAGGCAGCGAAAAAAGCUUUUCUCAAAUCAGUGGCACGCUUGAGAACCAAAUGCACAUGUUAUUUUUCACAACCCAAGUUCUCUUUCCUCUUCGGUUCAUUUUCACUCCAGCAUAAUGAGCACUUUAAAUGUGUUGGUGUCCGCAAUGACAUUUGGGAUAUUGAAUCCUGGAGACAAUUAAUUGUUCAUUCUUCACAGCUGAACACUGUUAACACCCAUUUGUAGAGGAUAAUUAAUAUCUAGUGUGGCGUAAAUAUUUAUUUUACAGUAGCAUUAAACAACACCCCCACACACACAGUCCUAAUAGUCAUUGCUUUGUUCUUGUAGUUAUUACAUGUAUAUUCUGCUGUAUGAGGUGUAUUGCUGUGUGAUAGUGGAUAGAGGGAUAGUGAUCGAGGCUCUAGCUAGCUGCUAGCUGGUACCCCGUGUGGGGAUGUCAUCAGAGCCUAAUGAAGGCCCCAGAGAAAUAGCCCCCUCUCCCCAGGGACAGACCGGCUUGGCUGGAUCCCACUCACUACUGCAGCAUCGUCAUUAAUAAACCACAGCCAACCGCAGGCAGUCUGCAGGAAGAACUACUUACCAACUUACUGUCUAAACGUGUGUGUGUGCACGAGGUACGAUUUUUCAUUUAGCCUGUCUGAUUAGACAGAACUUCAAUGGUGCCUGUAGAAAAAGUGUUUGAUUUGUUUGCUAUCGUAAAGUUAUAUUAACCACUUUUAAUUAUUCUUUGGACACAGACAGUGCUGUCUAGAUGCUCACUAUGCCACUACUAUUGCGAAAAGGAAAUGUAUUGAGUAUAUACAGUGAGCUCCAAAGGUAUUGAGACAGUGACACAUUAUACUUUUUUUUUGCUCUGUACUCCAGUGCUUUGGAUUUGAAUUAUACAAUUUAAGGGUAUUUUCAUCCAUAUUGGAUGAACCAUUUAGAAAACACACACCAUAGGACAGACAGAUGGGCAGCUGUGCAUCUGCCAUAGUGGUAUCUGUUGCCCCGGGCACAGCUAGCAUCAACACUGCCUUGCACACCUGCCAUCCUCCGUUCACAGGGUUGGCAUCUAUCGCUAUGCCGACCUGCUCUUGUUGAGUUGUGAACCACAAAGCUGGCCCUCACCACAUGAUGCGUUGACAUUGCCUUUGAUGGCCAAUGACAUUGCCUUUUUUAUCAGUUUCAACAAUCUCAACUUUUUCAAUUCUAAUCUGCUUUAGCUAGUGUUGAAUAUGUUCUAUAUUAGAUGUCCAAAAGUAGCUCUAGGGUUUUUAUUGUAUUUUUAUAAUUCGCCCAGGGAUAGGGCUCAAAUGCCUGAUAUGAUGUUGUUAAAAAAGCAGUAUAUGUGUGUUUAUGGUGAGUGUAAGAAGUUGCUUUGGGCAGGGCAGUGACCGCCUUGCCUGGGAUGGACAGGCGGUAUUAUAGGCUAGCUAGAUUAUAAAUCCCCAUCCCCUCUCAAAUACAGCAUUAAGUGUGGGGUGAUGAUAGGAGGCUGUCUCUAGGAGUUAUCUGGAAAUAGCUGCUGCUUCCAUGAUAAUGGUUAUCGAAUAAAGCUUUUAGGAAUCAGCGGCUGCAGAUGACAACUGCUAGGGGUGUUAUUGUUGAGUUGAUGGCUCUCUCUUCCAUUACUAACUGCUGUAAUCUCUAAGUGUGAGCGUGCAAAUGUGAUCUUAAUGAAGCACUGGCUUUGAUUUGACACUUAAGCCCUAAUGGACUGUCAGAUCCCCCUAACUCCUGCCGCAGAAUAUGUUUGGGUGUUUGUCUGUGUCUCUUAAUUUAGAACACUUUUAACAAGUAUUCUGUUUUAUGACCGUUGUAUAUUGAGGGCAGGCAUUUUUCCAUGUGCCCUGUUUACAGUGUGAAUGCAUCUGCCAUUUUUAUUACUUGUUGGGGCUUGAGAAAGUGGUGCAUCUCGGCAAAUAAAGUUUAAAAGCUGAAUCAGUCCUCAAGUUCAUAUCAGCAAAGGGGAUAGCCAUUGCUUUCUUUCGUAGUGUAUAUUUUUUUCUCCCCUCAUUAGUUUUAAAGAACCAUCUAAAUAUUUUAAUAAUCCAGAAUAAAGAGUUCUGACAGAUGGGAACAAGUUUGUUUCCAUCUGUGUCUUUUUAUAUAUGCAGUGACAUAAUUCAAGCAUCUCGACCUAAAUAGAUUUUGUGCCUCCUCCCGUACAGGUAUACUGGAGACAAAACGACUUGAGAUCAUCAAAUCUAAUGGCACCAUCGACCAGGUCUUUGGAGAUGUAAUCUACUACGCAGCAGAUCUGCCCAUUUGGUGGCAGGUGCCUCAGUAUGUGCUCAUCGGAAUCAGUGAAAUCUUUGCCAGCAUCGCAGGUAAGUAG